ACGCUGCCGUGCCCCCCAGGUGGGAGAUGCGGAGCCGGAGCUGGGCGCUGCUGACAGCUGGAUCGGCGUGGUGCCUGUGGGCGAGGAGCCGGCCGAGGUCCCCCGCGGUGCCAAGGAGGAGUCCUUCACCGCCGCCGUCGUCAGCAAGAUGAAGCGAGCCCUGGUGCUGGGGGCAUCGGCCCUGCUCAUCCUGGCGCUGAACCAGAACGCCAUCCGGGAGCUGGACGUUUCCCAGCUUCUUGCCAAGCCUGUGAUCGUGAUCCAGUCCUCGGACAACGUCACCAGGCUGCUGGGAGCGCUGCUGCGGGGACUCCGGGCUACGGCGAAGAUCACGUACCAGGCGGUGCUGCUGGAGAACCUGGGGGUGACCCUCACCCUGUGGUCAACCUGCGGCCUCUCCCGAGGGGGGCUCUACGGCGAGUGGCAGGGGGUCAUCUGCACGGGGGAGAACAGCUCGCAGGUCCAGAAGUACCUCCAGCAGCUGUGGAACACCAUCCUGCUGAUUGCCCUGCUCCUCUGCACCGGCGUCAUCGUGCAGGCCCAGCGGCAAUCCCGGCAAGACCCGUCGGAGCAGGAUGCCGAGCUGGACCUGAAGCAGCACAUUCGGCGGCGGCUGUUGGCGCUGAAAACCCGGCGGUACCACCCCAGCAGAGCGCUCCAGAGCCGGGCCUGCGAGAUCGAUAGCUGCGCUGUCUGCUUGGACCAGUUCCACAAGAGCCAGUGGCUGCGGGUGCUGCCCUGCUCCCAUGAGUUCCACCGGGACUGUGUGGAUCCCUGGCUCCUCCUGCAGCAGACCUGCCCUCUCUGCAAGCGCAACAUCCUGGGGAACUGCUGCACGGAGAGCUAGCCGGCCCCACGGAUGUGCUGCGGGGACAGACCCAUCGCCGCUGCGGGGAGAGGGAGGGGGAGCAGGGGGUGCUGGGUUGCUGCCGGAGCGGCUUCAGUGCGGCUGUGCCCGUGGCAGCGCCCCGGCCCUUGGGAGAGUGAAGGAUCUCGGGGUGCUCCCUGCUGGGUGCGAGUA